AUGGACGCAUCUUUAAAAAACCAAGCUAGCCUUGUGUUGUAUCACGGCUUCCCAGUCUCCAACGCCUACGUCUGGUCACCAUUCGUCACUAAGCUUGAGGCACGACUUCGCUUUGCCAGCCAGUGGUACCGCGUUGAACAGGGUUCUAUGUCGAAAGCUCCACAAGGCAAGAUCCCAUAUGUUGAGAUUAGCCACGAGGGACAAGAGGUUCCCACCGCGUUGGGUGAUUCGACUCUCAUAACUCAGCGACUUAUCGACGAUGGCGCCUGCGAAGAUCUGAACGCAGCAUUGUCCCCAGUCAGCAAAGCUUACGAUUUGGCUAUCCGUGCUCUGUUGGAGGGUAAGCUUUGUUUCUACCAGAAUCACGAACGUUGGCAUGAAAACUAUGAAACCAUGCGGUCUGGCGUACUAGGAGCUAUCCCCUGGCCAAUCCAGCCACUCAUCGGUCUGCUGGCUUAUCGCGGCGUAACGCGCACCCUGUAUGGCCAGGGCACUGGCCGAUUCACAAGCGACGAAAUUGCAAGUUUUCGACGCCAGGUAUGGGGAAAACAUUAA